UUAAUUUGAUGUGUCCAAUGUAACUUUCAUUAUGGAAAAUUUUAUUUUGUAUGAAGAGAUUGGAAGAGGAAGCAAAACGGUUGUUUAUAAAGGCAGAAGAAAAGGAACUAUUAAUUUUGUGGCUAUUUUGUGCACUGAUAAAAGCAAGAGAGCUGAAAUAACAAACUGGGUGCGUCUUACCCAUGAAAUCAGACACAAGAACAUAGUAACAUUUUAUGAAUGGUAUGAAACAAGCAAUCAUCUCUGGCUUGUGGUGGAAUUAUGCACAGGUGGGUCACUAGAAAUGGUAAUUGCUCAAGAUAAACAUCUACCUGAGGAUGUUGUACAAGAGUUUGGUAUCGAUUUGGUUACUGGACUCCGUCAUAUUCAUGAUCUUGGAAUUAUUUUCUGUAAUCUUACACCUGGAAAGAUUCUCCUGGAAGGACCUGGCUCUCUGAAAUUCAGUAACUUCUGCUUGGCUAAAGUAGAAGGUGAAAACUUAGAAGAAUUUUUUGCUUUAGUAGGAACCGAGGAGGGAGGCGGUGACAGCGGUGAAAACACAGGACAAAGAAAUCAGAAAAACAAACUGAAAGAUUCUCCAGCUUACAUUGCUCCAGAAGUGAUAACGGGAGCCGACUUCUCUAUAGCCAGUGAUCUGUGGUCGUUAGGCUGUUUGCUGUAUGAAAUGUUCUCAGGGAAACCUCCGUCCUUAGGAAACCUUACUAAAUUAUCAGAACAGAUUGUACAUGAAGAUCCUUUUCCACUUACACAAAAAGGACCUGCACUUCUAAAACCAUCUUCAGACUUUGUUUGCUUGCUUGAGUCAUUGCUUCAAAAGGAUCCUCUAAAGAGGAUGACCUGGGGAGAAUUAUUACAGCAUCCUUUCUGGAAAGAUGCCUUUAUCCAGACUCCCAGUGAAUCCAUGCCCAGCCAAGACACAAGCUUCAGUGGUGGAAAUGCCAAGCUGUUUGUAUCAGAAAAGUCUAACCAUCAGUCGGAGAGUCAAACAGAUCCAGACAUCAUUAUAUGCCCAGAAGCAGAUAAACAAUUGAACAAAUCUUUCAAGCUGGACAAUGCAGAAGAAUUACGUCCUAAAAAUGCAGUUGAUGGUGAAUCAAAUGAGUCUAUGUUUCUUCUCAGUUCUCGCCCAACUCCAAGAACUAGUUCUACAAUAGAAAUGAACAGGGCUACUAUUGUUGUAAGUCCUAAUUCAGCGCACCAAACACUGCCUCCUUCAGUAAAGGUUAAGAACACAUACUGCAUUGAGCAGGAUAUGGAGUCCAAAGUGAAGGAACUUAUCUACGUGGAGUCUGAUUUAAGUGUAACUCCUAUUAUUGACAAUCCAAAGAUAGUAAAGCAAGCACCAGUGAGAUUUGACUUGAAAAAUUUACAUAUACCAGCACAUUCAGCUGAGAAGCUCUUGCUGCUAAAAGAAGCAGAAUGGAAUGACUUCCUGCAGCAACUGUGUCAGCUGAUUGACUCCCCAGAGAAGAGCACUGGGACAACCCGAGCUAAACUGAAUUUACUCUGCUACCUCUGCACUGUUGUUGGCAAUAAGGAAGUAGCAACUAAGUUAAUCAGGACACAGCUGUUCACAGUGCUGAUGCUGCAGUUGCGAAUAGCUCCAAACUGGGAUAUACGAGCCAAAGCAGCCCGAGUGAUAGGUUUACUGGCAUCGCAUACAUCUGAACUUAAAGAAAAUGUUCCAGUUAUAGAGGCUGUCACCCUCUUAACUGAACUGAUAAGAGAAAACUUCAGGAAUAGUAAACUAAAACAGUGCCUUUUACCUACCCUUGGGGAGUUGCUUUAUCUUGUGGCCAGCCAGGAAGGGAAAAAAGAACACCCCAGAGAGAGCAGGGUCCUUCCUUCAGCUGCUUACACCGUGCUAAUGAGGUGCCUUCGGGAAGGGGAAGAACGUGUUGUGAAUCACAUAGCUGCAAAAAUAGUUGAAAAUGUCUGCUCCACUCUUUCUUGCCAUGCUCAGGGAUUUAUUACUGGAGAAAUUGGACCAGUGUUAUGGUAUCUUUUUACACAUUCAACCAUCGAUUCUUUAAGGAUAACUGCUAUUUCGGCACUAUGCAAAAUUACUCAUCACUCGCCUAGUGCUUUCCAGAGCGUGAUUGAAAAAGUGGGAUUAACAGCUGUGAUAAAUUCACUGGCAACUGGAAUAUGUAAAGUUCAGCAGUACAUGAUGACUAUGUUCUCUACUUUGUUGUCUUGUGGGAUCCAUUUGCAGAGACUGGUUCAAGAAAAGGAUUUCGUAAUUACGGUUAUUCGACUGCUUGAAAGUCCUUCAGCUUCCAUUCGAGCAAAAGCCUUUUUGGUCCUGUUACAAGUUAUAAUUAAUAAUAGGGAGAUGUUGCUUCUGAGCUGCCAAGCAAGGCUGGUGAUGUACAUUGAAAGAGACGGCAGAAAGGCCACACCAGGAAAAGAACAGCAAAGCAGCAAUGAAUAUCUGUCAAAAUGCCUGGAUCUUCUCAUCUAUCACAUUGUACAGGAGCUACCGCAAAUUCUAGAUGAUAUUCUUGCAGCUUUAGCCAAUGUAUCAGGACGUAAGCAUCCAUCAACAGUUCAAGCGAAACAGUUGAAGGGCUGCCUUCCAAUGAUGCCUGUAGUACUUCAUCUCGUAGCAUCUCAGGUGUUUCGUCCACAAAUUGUAACUGAUGAGUUUCUUUGCAACUAUGGAAAUUUCCUGAAUUUUGUCAGAUCAAUAGAUUCGGGAGAAACUAACUUACGUGGAGCAAUAGGACAGACAGCUUCAGAAGAACUGAUUAAGGCUGCUUUAUCAACACUUGAGGCAAUAAUACAACAUCCAGCCUUGUUGACGCUUUACUGCUCCACAGUUAUGGAUUACAUCCUUCCACCCUUAGUUUCUUUGGUCUUCAGUCAAAAUGUGGAAUGGAGACUCUUCAGCUUGCGGUUACUCUCAGAAACCACAUCACUGCUUGUGAGCCACGAGGUCGUGGCUGAAGAGAAAGAAAACCUUAACUCAAACAACAAGCUUCUGUCUCUUAUUAGAGACUCACUGCUGCCUCAAUUUGAACAAAUUCUAAUGGCUCCUGACCCAGUACCAGCUUAUGCUCUCAAGCUGCUAGUUGCCCUGACUGAAUACAGCCCUGCUGUUACAAGCCUUCUUCAAGAAAUUCAUCUUAUUCCAACAGUUUUUCAAGUCAUUAUGGAGCAUCAUGGCAUGCUGCUUGGAAAUACAAUACAAAGUGCAGUUGCGGUUUUAACUAAUCUGGUUUCUCAUAAAAGUACAAACAUGGCUCUACUUUAUGAACAAGGUCUAGUCCAUCAUGUCUGUAAUCUUCUAAUAGAAACUGCCACUCUGUGCUUGGAUGUGGAUGAUAAAAGCAACAUCAAGACAGCAAAUGCAUUGCUCCUCUCCUUGCUUGACAUUUUGCACCACAUGCUGAUGUAUACAGCUAAUAUUAUCCGUCUGACAUUACAGGCACAGAAAUCUGGCACAGGAGGGGACACUCAAGCUGCUGAAGAUCUCCUUAUUAUUAAUAAGCCGCUGACAGACCUAAUUAGCCUGCUUAUUCAGUUGCUUCCAAGUGAGGAUACUGAAAUAUAUGAGAAAGCAUCACAGUGCUUGUCAUUGUUAGUUCAGCUCUAUGGUGGGGACAACAUGGAUAGUAUGUCUCCAGAAAACAUGGGCAGCUUUGCUGAAGUAUUGCAGUGCAAGAAGGAAGUGAAAGAUCAAAAGCUGUUGUUGAGAGUCAUCAAAAGACUGAUAACUUCUAAUGAGAAACACACUGAAAGCUUGAAGAAUGACGGAGAUAUUCUUGUUCACACGCUAGAAAAAUUGGCCCAAACUGGCAGCUCCCAUGCUGAUAUCCUAAUUGCUUCCUUGGCUUCUGAAAUCCUGAAGAAAAUUGAAUACAUCAAGCCUCAUUCUGAUGCCACUGAACAGCUGUAA